UGUGUGUCGGAAUAAGUCUCUUCAGUCUCAUAAGUCUCAAUCUUUUCAACAAAAGAGGAAAUCCUGGUCUUACAUCGCAGCUCCAGUUCUCCGCUCCACUUGGCUGUGUUUUGGACCAUGGGAGGUUACUAUGGACUGGUGGUUCUGGUGGGCGUGGCCUCAAUGCUGACAACCGGCCAAUGUGAUGUGAGCUGUAGAGGAAUUGACGGCCGGCCGGGAGUGGGAGGAGCCCCAGGCAGAGAUGGGCAUCCUGGACCGAAGGGGGAGAAAGGAGAGCCAGUGUUGAUUGCCAACGGUCCAGUGGAUGCAGCCGUCCUGCUGAGGCUGAAGGGGGAGACAGGGAGUCGGGGCCCUCCAGGGGUCAUAGGCCCUAAAGGUUACCGUGGACAUCUGGGAGCGUCAGGUGACCCUGGAAAGCCAGGUCGCCCCGGUGCCGACGGGACGUCCAUCGGCCAAGGUGGACAGCAGUCCGCCCAGCAGGCCCAUUCAGCCUUCUCAGUGAUGAAGACUGACAACAGUUAUCCCCGCAUCGGCCAGGUAGUAACCUACCAAACUGCCACUGUCAACACACGUGAUGACUUUAACACAGCCACAGGUCACUUCACUUGCAGAGUACCUGGUGUUUAUUACUUCACCUUCCACUCUGUGGCCAAGGUCAGCAUAUGUCUGGCUAUAGCCAGUGAUGCUCAGACAGACAAGCUGGGAUUCUGUGAUCACUCCAGGGCCUCUCCUGUCUAUGAUCAGGUGCUGUCGGGUGGCGUGGUCUUACAGCUGACAGCCGGACAGAAGGUUUGGCUCGAGUCCUUCAGGGACAAGCAGAAACCUUCUGAACUGACAGACGCCCAAGAAAAACAGAUCAUCUUCAGCGGCUUCCUGCUCUUCUCAAAUCCAGAAUAAAGUUCACUGGACACUGCACUUCAAGACACUGCACUGCACCUACACAGAGUCGCAGUACAGGAAUAUUUGUGAAUGUUUGUGUUUGUUUAAUGUGUGAAUCCACAGAUAACCUGAUCAGUUUCCUUCAUAUCAAUUCAUGUUAAUCUUCACUGAAUGUUGACUUUGUCUGUCAUUGCUACAAAAACACAAUUAAAGUUUAUUAUUGAGUGUGAUACAUAUCAUUUAAUUUCACACAGAUUUUAGAUACAAUCAUUGAUUUUUGUUGUGGCCUCCAAAUGUCUUCAGAUUGUUGUUUUAAUGUCACAAUUUUAAAACCAGUGCUAGAAGAAUUGUUCAGAUCUUCUCAAGUAAAAGUGGCAACACUACAAUAUAAAAACACUCCAUUUCAAGUAAAAGUCAGACAUCAUCAAAACUUACAAAAUUGUUGGCAUUAAUAUUUACUUAAAAUUACCAAAAGUAUACUUUAUAUAUUGCUGGAUAGUUCAUCUAAAAUAAUACAUCAUAAUUUAUGAUGAUUUAUAUUUUGUUUUAAUCAUCUGAAUCUGCAAAGUAACUACAGUUAUUAGAUAAAUGUAGUGGAUUUUAGUGUAUAUUAUGUAUACAGUAUCAAAACAGAAAUACUCGAGCAAAGUACAAGUACCUCAAAAUUGAACUUAAGCACAGUACUAGUUUAGUCCUACAGUACUCAGCCACCCUGGGUCUAAACAUAAGCAUCUUCAGAGUGAGCAGGGCGACAUUUGGAGAACAACGAUCCAGGAAAUAUGUGUGUUAUAAGGUUCAUGUAAGACUUUGGAAACUAAUCAUGGUGUCAUGUUGUGAUAAAUAAAUGUUAAACAGAA